GUGAGCCCCUGUCCCCGUCCUGCUCCGUCAUCGUGCAGCGCCGGAAAGGGCCGAGCAGAAAAAAGAAGGAGGCGUUUCCACACAUCAGCUGCAAAUUUAUGCAGAACAGUAAAAUCAGUGCUGCUGCUGCCGCUUCGAGCGUCCUGCACAGAGAAGAAGAAGAAGACGGGCGAAAAGAGCAGCAGCACCGGGCACAACGCAGACAAGAAGCCCGGCGGAUCGUUGCAUCGCUCGGUGUCGCUCUGCAGCGGGCAGCCGGUGCAGGAGGAGCCGGACGAACCCGGAGCGGUGACGCAGCCAUGGAGACAGACGGAGAGCAGAACCAGCAGGGGGCCUCGACCAAUGGAAGCGCUCCGUCUGGGACCAGCUCCCGCCCCUCUCCCAUGAAUUCCAUGUCUCUGUAUGAAAGGCAGGCGGUCCAGGCCCUGCAGGCGUUACAGAGGCAGCCCAAUGCCGCUCAGUACUUCCAGCAGCUGAUGCUGCAGCAGCAGAUCAACAACGCAGCACAGCUGCAGAACCUGGCAGCUGUGCAACAGGCCACUCUGGCUGCCAGUCGUCAGUCAAGCCCCUCCAGCAGUAGCUCUUCUCAGACUACCAGCACAACCGCAGUCAAUGUAACAUCUGGAUCAGGGUCUACAACCAGCAGCCGUCCAAUGGGUGCCUCAGCAACAUCCACAAUCAGCCAAUCAGUGCUGCUUAGUGGGACAGCUGGAGGGCAGGGCCAGAUGUACCUGAGAGUGAACCGCUCCCUUAGGACGCCUAUCCCCUCCCAGCUCAUUUUCAUGCCCGGCAGCACUGCAACUACUGCUGUGGCAACUGUUGCCCAGCAGCCACAGGCUCAGCAACAGCAGCAGGAAGUGCCUCCGACUUCCUCAUCCAGCAGCCAAUCUGAUAACGACCAGGUACAGAAUCUAGCCAUGCGAGGUCUGUCGGGUCCUAAAGGUGUGGGUGUUAAGACUGAAGCCCCAGAGAGAAGUGACUCGGCUGCCUACUCGCUGGUCCAGCCCUCUCACCAGUCUACCCCUCAGUCCCCCACCAAACCAAGCCAGCCUCAGCCCCAGCCAUCCCACAUCAAAAUCCCUACCUACCCCCAGCCUACUAAUCUCAAAGCUCACCCCGUCUCUUCUUCCGGUGCCUCGUCGUCCUCGUCGUCUUCCAUCCCUCUCUCCCAGCUCUUACUCCACGGUACUCGAACCCUCACCACAGGAACCACAGCUCCCACAGCAGCACAUACUCUGGUCUUGACAUCCAACGCCACAUCUCAGCCCCACGGGUACCCGGUGGGCACGGCAACCAUCAAACCAGCGGUCAACGCUCAGACUCUGGUGGUGCAGCCUCUACAGAAAACCUCACUCGGUGCUGAGAAAUCAGGCCACGGAAACGGACCCAUCCCCAUCCAACCUAAAACUUUACAGGGGCUCCGCCUGCCCCUCCAGCUUCCUUCAAGGAACCCCCCUCCCAUCCUGCCCGCCCCGCCGCCUGCCAGCAGCUCCGGCCAGCCUCCCCACACGCCUCACAUCCCAGUGCAGAUAGUGGGAGCCAGGCAGAGCACACUUGGAAAUGCCCAGGCUCUCGCUCUGGCCCGUGGCAGCUGCAGCCAGGAUGGUGCCGCCGUCCUCAGCAGCUCCUCUAGUCUGCUCACCAUGGUGGCGUCCAUCGCUUCCAGGGAGGGUGGAGUCGUCGGCCGAGGGGUGGGGCUGAAGACGCUUCAGUCACCCCAGGAGGCUCCCCCCUUGGCUCAGGUGUCUCAGGUGCAUCCACAAGCCAAUCAGAGCUCUGGACAGAGUCAGAACGGACAGCUGGCUUCAAGCCCCGCCUCUUGCUGGCCCUCCACCAUUUCAUCUCCUCCCCCCUCGCUGUCUCGCUCCUCCCUCUCUUUCCACCUGGUGACCGAAGAGCAGAGAGCAGCAUCAGCUGGUGUAACCACCAAUGGAGACUCAUCAGGAGGUCAGACGCCACAGAGUAAACAGACGACUGGCUCUCUGAAAAGAAAAUCAGACUCGAAUUCAGCCAAUGACGAACAUGGCCCCUCCCCUCCACGGCUCCAGCCAGUCAGAGAUCAUGCCUCGGCCAUCCCAGCCAAUCCCGUCGAUGCAGGCUCUGCUGCUCCUCCUCCUCCUCCUCCACCUCCUCCUCCUGCAUCCUCUCCUUCUCCUCCUGCAUCCUCUCCUUCUCCAGUGCUGCUGGUGUCCCGUGGGACUUGUGGUCAGGGUGAGAGAGCUCCUCCACCUCAAGCUGUGGUUAAACCGCAGGUUCUUACACACCUCAUAGAGGGCUUUGUGAUCCAGGAGGGGGCGGAGCCUUUCCCUGUCUGCGGUCCAGUCAAGGACUCGGCUGGUGAAGAUUUGACUAACGACAGUCCAGACACUAACCCGUCGGAGACUGUUACCACAGCAACAGUGCUGAAGUGUGAAUACUGUAAAAACUUUGCUCCUGCCAGCCAGUUCCGAGGCACCAAAAGGUUCUGCUCCAUGUCUUGUGCCAAGAGGUACAACGUCAGCUUCAGGCAGCACUUCGGCGUGCGGCAGGGUCACGGCCAGCGUCAAGCUCAAGAUCACUCUUCGGAUCGGGAUCAGAGCCGCGGACACCUCUCCAACUCGGACGACGAGGGAGGAAUCGCCAGGAGGAGGGUUCCCCGCAGGACCAGCUCAGAAAUAGCCAGUGCCAAGAUAGCAGGGAGGCCCGUACCUGCCAAGGUGAGGCAGGAUUAUACAGUCCCUACAAGGAAAAUUAUUGGUGCAGGUCAAAAAUUUGAAGUCCGAUCCCAGCUGAUAACUGAUCUGUGUAGUUGUACAGCCUUUCCUGCUUUGAUCACAUUUAAAUACACUGAUUCACAUAAAGAUAAAAGGCUCGACUUCACGGUCAAGGUCAGAGGGUGCGAGGAUCUCGCCUCCCAGUUCCUGUCGCAGGAAAUUGAUGGACAGGCGCUGCUGCUGCUGAAGGAGGAGCAUCUCAUGUCCACCAUGAACAUCAAGCUUGGCCCUGCCCUCAAGAUCUGCGCUCACAUCAACAGCCUAAGAGACUGACCGGUGUUUUUACCACAAAUCCGCAAAGUUUAAAAGUGAAGCCCCCCCGGGCAUCCACCACCAGCCUGCGGGUCAGAUAUGGAGCUCGAGAGUCCUGCAGGUGAAUGUUUGAAGUACAGUUCAUUUCCCAAACACGGCAAAGACUCUGGGACUGCAGAAGUGGAAUCUCAUCCCGUUUCACAUCAGAUUCUCGCACAAGUUGUAAAAAUCCUUCAAAUGUGCGAUUUUAUUUCGAUGAAGGUGCACGUUCCACCAAAUUCUGCUCAAAAUCAAUGUAAAUGAAGGUUUUGAAUGUAUUUUAAUUGCAAACGAGACUCGUUGAACCUGAAGUACUUGCUCGUUAUUUUUUCUGACCGUAGACCGAGGCUGUGAUUUAUUUUCGUUUCGUUAAACUUCCUUUAAAAGUCUGAAGAUACACACAGAAGAAAACAGCUGUGCUUAGUUUUGCACAGGAAUUUGGAAGGAAGACCUUUGGAAGCACUUCUAUAGCACUUCCUUUGUAAAGUGAAGUCACAAAUCUUUUUCUUAUGUAGUUCAGCGUUCCUUCAAAGACAUGAAUUUCAUUGCGUACUUCCAGCAUUCUAAUUAUUUGAGAAGAGUAUACAAUGGCACUUUUAUUUUGAAGGCAGCCUAUUCUUUGCGCUACAGGGUACUGUGAGAGUACAGGGUACUGGGUGCAGAAACACCAGAGUCCAAAUGAAACCCUAAUCCCUCAAGGUUCAAAGAGCAUUUCAUACUUCAAGUAAAAAUACGGACGUUGCAUAACUUUUUCUCACAUCUUUACCGUAUUGUUUUAUAUCCAGAGAACAUCAGCUCGACUGCUGAAUGCUUUUCACUGUUUUUAAGCUUUUUACCAGAGAAGUUCACGUCAACUCUGUGAUUAUUCACCUGUCAGCAGUUUGUGAGAUUACUCAAAUGGUACCACCAGCUGCUCCUGGUCUGCAUGAGUGCACUUACAAGGCAAGUUCACCGGUUUGGUUUUGUGGAGAGAUGCUGUCAGAGAGGAGUUCUGACAAUAAGAUGUUCAUUUUAAAGUGUCUUUAAGUUGCAUUCGUGAACAAGAGAAGUUGCUGGCCACACGUGGACCUACGAUGGAUGUGGGAGAAAUAAGACAUCACGCCUGAAUGAAUGAAUGACUGUGUGAAUGAGUGAACCUUGAAGCUAUACUGUAAUAAGUGUAAAGUUUGCCUUUCUAUUUAAAUGCACAUUUGUUUGCUGGACUGCCUUGUUUGAAGCUUUUUACUGUAGGACUUUUCUCAUGUUCUCUCUCUGUGAACCUCGUGGCCUUUCUCACUAGUCUCUACAACGAUAGGUUUAGAUGAGGAUUGUCGGUUUUUACUGCUUUCAUAUCAUUCCUUGUUUUAUAUCUGCGCUUACUUUUUUACAACUCUCGAUUAAGCAAUGAAAUGUGUUGCUUUUCCCAAAAAGCGUGACUGAAUAGUAGCUACUUUGAUCAAGGAUCAACUUGCUGUCUUCCUCAUAGCUUUGUCACAUAGCGUGUAACUACCAACAGUAUUUACCUUUCUAGCUAGCUAGCUAUCUUUGGCUUUAUUGUUAGUGACUGUGGCUAUUCCAGUACUUUGUUUUUCUUUUUCUUUUUUAAAAAGGGUAAUAAUCUUGAUGAUGUUUGCUUAUAUUUCACUUUCCCCAGGAUUUUGGAGUCUUUAAAUCUUCAUUCUAAACGCCAAAAAAAAAAAAAACGAAUUUCGCCUCAUUUCAAGUGAGGUGAGCCACAAAUGCAGCUGUGAUUACCUGUACAACAUUUGUCCAAAAUCAGACCAUUGCAGCAUUGUUCGUUUAGUCUUCAACAUCCCAAAAAGUAGCACUUUUCUCACAGAAGAACAGUGAAUUCAGCAAAAAAUGUUCUUUUAUAUAUAAAUCUGUAUACAUACAAAUAAGGAAGCCACUUGGAAUCAAAUGUCUUUGCUUGCAAUAAUUUCCAAAAUCUGCAAAAUCUAGAGGGGCUGGUUUUCACAAGAAGAGGUAAUUAAUACUAUCAUGCAAAUAAAUAAUCAAACUGUUUUAAAGCUGUGAUGCUUUUUUUUGUUGUUUGUUAGCCUGAGUAAUGGUUUCGGUUUGCACUGUUGCUUUCCAAGUGUAACAAGUGCAGAUCAUCAGUGGGCAGUUUGCAUCAUUGAAACUUUAAUGUUUGUGUUUUUAACUCCUCUCCCCGGCUUGAGUUCAGGCUGAGGUGUUGUGCUGUCUUAAAGAAAGUCCCUUCAGGUUUGUUGUCCCAGAUGUGAUAAACC